CGGCUUCAUUGGGAUGGGGGAGUGAGUGUGAGUGCGUGAGCUGCUUCUUCGCCACUUCGCCAUCGCCAUCGCCAUCCAAGUGUCUUCCUCUCCCCCUCUCUCGCUCGCUUGCUUGCUUGGUCUUGCUUGUUUGCUCGCUCUGGGUCCCCUUUCAAUUAAUUUUAUGGCGGCUUCUUCUAUGAUCACACGCUCGCUGCGCAGCACUGUGCCCCGUCUCCGCUUCCUCUCCCCACUCUCCUCCUCACAGCUCGCAUCCCCUUCCUCGCAAUCUCGCUCCAUGGCAGAUGAGCCGGAACCCGCAUCGCACCGGGAGGUCGACAAUUCUUCUACCCAGGGGAAGCCCAUUACCUGUCGAGCCGCCAUAGCCUAUGAGAAGAGCAAGCCUCUUGUUAUAGAAAAUGUCGAAGUUGCACCUCCUCAGGCAGGCGAAGUAAGAGUGAAAAUACUUUACACGGCUCUUUGUCACACUGACUUUUACACCCUCAGCGGCAAGGACCCAGAAGGACUAUUCCCCUGUAUCCUGGGUCACGAAGCUGCCGGAGUCGUGGAGAGUGUAGGCGAGGGAGUGACAGAGUUGAAGCCUGGAGAUCAUGUUAUUCCUUGCUACCAAGCUGAAUGCCGUGAAUGCAAGUUCUGCAAAUCCGGCAAAACGAAUUUGUGUGGGAAAGUCCGUCCUGCAACUGGAAAGGGAGUCAUGCUAAGCGACGGCCAGUCGAGGUUCAAAGUUGCUGGGAAACCCAUCUAUCAUUUCAUGGGGACAUCAACGUUCAGUGAAUAUACUGUUCUGCAUGAUGUGUCUGUAGCGAAAAUCAAUCCUGAUGCACCUCUUGACAAAGUCUGUCUUCUUGGAUGCGGCAUUCCAACAGGGUUGGGCGCUGUGUUUAACACGGCCAAAGUGGAACCAGGUUCAAAUGUGGCAGUAUUUGGGCUUGGCACAGUUGGGCUGGCUGUAUGUGAAGGAGCUAAGAAGGCAGGAGCUAAGCGCAUAAUUGGAGUUGACACAGAUCCUUCGAAGUUUGAUCUUGCUGUGAAGUUUGGAGCUACGGAGUACGUGAAUCCCAAGGACUUCGAUAAGCCCAUUCAAGAUGUCCUCGUGGAGAUGACCGAUGGUGGAGUGGAUUACAGCUUUGAGUGCAUAGGCAAUGUUCAAGUUAUGCGUGCAGCUCUUGAGGCUUGUCACAAGGGAUGGGGAACCUCAGUGAUUGUUGGAGUAGCGGCAGCUGGACAGGAGAUCUCAACACGCCCUUUUCAGCUUGUGACGGGUCGUGUUUGGAAGGGAACUGCAUUUGGUGGUUACAAAAGUCGAACGGAUGUUCCUAAGCUUGUAGAUGAGUAUAUGAAGCAGGAAAUCAAACUUGACGAGUACAUCACUCACAAGUUUCCUCUAGGCAAGAUCAAUGAAGCGUUUGGCUUGCUGGAAGCCGGAAAAUGCUUGCGAGCUGUCAUUAACAUGGAGCAAUGAGAGCAUUCUCAUUCAGUUCAGUUUAAUUGGUGUACUCAACAAAGGCGAAGCAGCAACUGUGACUUAGUGUAGGCUACGUAAGCUUGUAUAGUUUUGGAAGGAGUCUGUCUGAUGAGGCAGGAAAGAGGAUUUUUUGUAAACAGUGUGAUGUAGCUUGUGCACAAGCUAUGAAGGAAAUUUCUGUGGAUACCUGGAGUUGGCAUUGGUAGUGUCAAUAACAGUCAUUGAGGCUCGGAGAGUCAGAAUUUUUCUUGUGAUCGGUUGUAACAAGAGUCUCAAUUUUUAAUAAAAUUGCAAUAAGAAUAUUAGUCAUGAA